CGCACUCGCAGGUGGAUGAAUUGAGAGGUGUCUACGCACCGAGCAACAACAAUCACUCACGGCCCUCGCGGCGCACAUGGCGAGCACGUGCCACUGAGUUUGACAGAAAACUUUUUCGUCGGAAUGAGUGUCUUCUGAGUGAGAUCGGCAGGCGAAUUUCUUGUGUGGAAUAAUUCGGUUUGCUACGAUGGACAACAACAAGUGGUUGGUGGUGCUUCUGGUUCUCCUCGCCACCUGCAGCGUGAACGCGCAGAGAAAAGAAGGUCGACGACGUGGACAACAUCGUCACCGAGAGCGCAUUUCCGUGGAAGCGAUUCAGCAAAAACGUCAGUUCAGGGAAGACGAAGGGUUGUUCCCCUCAAUCCUGAACUUGGCCACGCAAGCCCUGAUCACAAGCAACGCCACUUGCGGCGAAAACGGCCCUGAGCGGUACUGCAAGCUGGUGGAACAUGGGGCCAAAAGGGAGCCGCAGUGUGGCGUGUGCGACUCGAAGGCCAGGGAGUCUGCCCGAAGACACCCUGCCGAGCUGGCCAUCGACGGCACCAACCGCUGGUGGCAGAGUCCCUCGCUGCAGAGUGGCCUCCGCUUCCAGUGGGUCACGCUCACCCUUGACCUCAGACAGGUGUACGAGGUCGCGUACGUGAUAGUCAAGGCGGGCAUCUCUCCGCGACCCGGCAACUGGAUCCUCGAGCGGUCGCUCGACGGCAAGACAUUCUUCCCGUGGCAAUACUACGCCAUCACCGACGAGGAAUGCGAAACCUGGUUUGGAGUGCCGCCUACCCCCGGCAGGCCGACCUACAGGGCGGACACCGAGGUCAUCUGCACUUCCUAUUACUCUAAAUUGGACCCUCUUGAGGGUGGAGAGAUUCACACGUCGCUUGUGAAUGGACGUCCCGGAGCUAACGAGUCGAGUGCCCUUUUGCGCGAAUUCACGCGCGCCCGCUUCGUCCGUCUGCGUUUGCAGCGUAUCCGCACUUUGAACGCCGACCUGAUGACCAGUUCGAGCGACCCUGGCCCAGAGUACGGCCGAGGAGACACGGGUCUUCCUCCUUCAUCGGUGGACGCUUCCGUCACCCAGAGAUACUUCUACUCAAUCAAGGACAUUUCAAUCGGAGGACAGUGCGUCUGUAACGGACACGCCAGCGACUGUCCAAUUAACAAAGACACUGGGGUAAAGUCUUGUCUUUGUCGGCACCACACUUGUGGAGACAGUUGCGACACAUGUUGCCCAAUGUACAACCAGCACCCCUGGAGGCCUGGAACUGCCCUGGACGCAGCAAAGUGCGAGUCGUGCCAGUGCCAUGGGCACGCCGACUCCUGUACUUAUGACGCAGAAGUGGCAAGGAACCGGCUGAGUGUCAAUACCAAAGGGGAGCGCAAAGGCGGAGGAGUUUGUGUAGACUGUAGAGAUCACACUACUGGAAUAAAUUGUGAACUGUGCACCGCUGGCUAUUUCCGUCCACCUGGAGUGUCUCGCGAUGACGCGAUCCCUUGCAGACCUUGCCAGUGUCACCACCUUGGGUCCCCUAGUGGACGAUGUGCUUCUGUUGCCGAAGAGGGCGAGGAGCAGACUGAAGCUCCAGGGCAAUGCGAGUGCAGGCCAGGCUUUGGAGGUCGUCACUGCGACAGGUGUGCCCCUGGCUACCGAGGAUUUCCUGCCUGUCAGCCUUGCCCAUGUUCGAAGGAAGGGUCAAUCUUGGACUCUGAGGAUUGUGAGGAGCAGUGCCAUUGCAAGGAGCACGUCGAGGGUGCAAAGUGCGAUCGCUGCCAGCCAGGAUAUUUUGGUCUGAAUGCAGAGCACCCUGGAGGAUGCAUCCCCUGUUUCUGCUCUGGCGUUCCUGGUGCCACCUGCGUUGAAGCAAAUCUAACCGUUUCACUCGGCGAACUUGGCUCCGAGGCUGGUUGGCACGUCACCGAUUUGGAAAGGUCAAAAAUGGUCCCUGCCUCUCGAAUCGGAUCGAACGGUCCUUUGAGCAUUGCUGCCGACGACCUGCCCUUCAGAACUGAAGACUACUUUUGGAUUGCGCCUCCACUGCAGUACUUGGCUGACAUCCUUACCAGCUAUGGUCAGCAGCUAAAGAUGGAGCUCUCGUGGACUGCAGCCAGAGGAGACACAAGUGGCAAACCAACCCUGUGUGCAGACCUUGUCCUCAUCGGAGAUGGUUUGACCAUCGGCCUGGACAACAACCCUUACCCUGGGACCAAUGCAACCAUCAAUGUUGUCUUAACUGAGGAUGGCUGGAGACACAUGUUGCCACCGAGCAAAGGCAGGCCGGUGUCCCGAGCUGAAUUCCUCCGAGUCUUGGCAGGACUGAGGCAUGUCAUGAUCAGGGCCAAAUUCCACACAGACCAAAUCGAAGGACGGCUGAACUUGGCAAGUUUGGAAAGAGGUUCGGAGGGUGGAGACGGCCAAUCAGCGCGAUUCAUCGAAAGAUGCCAGUGUCCGUAUGGUUAUGACGGUCUUUCAUGUGAGAAGUGCCAGGAAGGUUUUCGACGAGAGAACAACACCCUCCACGAAGGCUUGUGCUUGCCUUGUGACUGCAACGGUCACUCGCCGAUGUGUGAUCCAUUUACUGGAAAAUGUGGUUCGUGCGAGCAUAACACGGAAGGUGACACCUGCGAACGUUGCCAACCAGGGUACUAUGGAGAUGCUCGUUUGCGCACACCAGACGCCUGCAGAAGAUGUGCUUGUCCGCUGGAUUAUCCUGACUCAAACAAUUUCAGUCCCACUUGCGAAACUGUGCCUGGGAAUCCUAAUGAGUAUGUGUGCACAGACUGUCCGCCAGGAUUUGAGGGAACUCACUGUGAACGUUGUGCACCAGGUUUCUGGGGUAAUCCAUCUCAGCCAGGGUCGACAUGCCAACCUUGCCAGUGCUCUGAAAUGCACUCAGGUGGACAGGGCCCCAGUUGUGAUCCUUUGACCGGUCGCUGUCUCAGGUGCAGAGGCAACACUGUUGGCUGGAGAUGUGAAAUGUGUGCUCCUGGAUAUUAUGGCAAUCCAGAAAAUGCAGAUUGUCGAGCUUGCCAGUGCAAUCCUGGUGGUUCGGAAGACAACACUUGCGACCCACGAAAUGGCCAGUGCAAAUGCACUACCCUUAUCACUGGCAGAGCUUGCGAUCGUUGCGAGCCUGGAAGAGGUGACAUGGCCGCAGGUUGCCCAUUCUGUCGCUGCCAUCCUGAAGGAUCAGAGAGCAGCCAAUGUGAUGCCAGAACUGGACAGUGUCCGUGCAAACCAGGGGUGGGAGGCAAGAAUUGUGACUCUUGCUUGCCGAACCACUUUGGACUCGGCAGGAGCGGAUGCCAAAGAUGCAACUGUGACCAGAACGGCGCCGAGGGUCCAACUUGUGACAUUGUUUCUGGACAGUGCGCUUGCAAGCAGAACGUGGUCGGACGAACUUGUAGUCAGUGCAGGCCUGGUUUCUGGGAUCUGCAAUCAAGGAAAGGCUGCUCUGCUUGUGACUGUGACCCGGUCGGAUGCGACGGCUCGAAAUGUGACAUAGUGACAGGUCAAUGCACUUGUCUACCAGGCGUUGGUGGGCGGCGGUGUGAAAAAUGUCUCCCUGGCUAUUUUGGUUUCUCAAGGCAAGGGUGCAGAGAAUGUGAACCGUGCAACAAACCUGGACACAUUUGUGAUCCAGACACUGGCAGGUGUGUGUGUCCCUUGAUGUCAGAAGGUGCUGCUUGCGAAAGGUGUAAAAACGGAGCGUGGGGCCACCAGCAUGGAGUUGGAUGCAAGGUGUGUGGAUGUCACCUCACAGGAGCAGCAACACCCCAGUGUGAUCACAGAACAGGAAUGUGCACAUGCAGACCUGGAUUUGGUGGCAGCAAGUGUGACAAGUGCCUCCCUGGACACUACGGUUUUCCGCGGUGCAGAGCUUGUGAUUGCAAUCCUCCUGGCACAAAGAAAGACUCAUGUCCGUUUGGGCAGCCUUGUGGAUGUGAUGAAACUGGACAGUGCAACUGCAAGGGCAACACUGUUGGAAAAAGAUGCGAACUUUGCAAGAGAGGAACCUUCAGCAUGCACGACGACAACCCCGAAGGCUGCACUCCUUGUUAUUGCUACGGUCGUUCAGCUCACUGUGAGCAAGCCCAGUUAGUUUGGACCCAGAUAAGAAUGUUGUCAUGGCGAUCAGUUAGUAUCCAAUACGAUUCUCCUCAGCCGCAAUUCCGACCUGGAGCACCAGUUGCUCCAGUAAAUACUCAAGAAAUUUGCUUCAUCAAUCUAGCAGUUCCUGGAGUACCAGAAACUAAUAUCACAAAUACGGAUGGUACGUCUGUAAAAUUGAAUGUUACAAACAACUUGAGAAUCAUCCCUGGAGACGUGGGAAAUGUGAGAAUAGGAGUCAGCUAUUUAUUUGACACUCCCUUGUACUGGCAGUUGCCCAGUACCUUCUUCGGAGACAAGGUUCUUUCUUAUAACGGCUAUUUGAGAUUUACUGUGACUUCAGUUGGGGGCCGAACACUCUUGCCGGCCAAUAUUUUGAGUUCCUACCCACUGGUUCAAAUCCAGGGAAAUAACAGAAUUGUCCUGGAAUACUUUUCCCCUCAGCCAAGUGUUACUGGCCAAUACCAAGUGCGCUUCCAUGAGUCUUACUGGAGAGCCAAACAUAGUCCAUCCUCUGGGCCUGUCACAAGAGAAAUCAUGAUGUUAGCCCUUCAGAACAUCCAACAUAUUCUCAUCAGAGCCUCUGAUUCUGUAGACUUUGAACGUGUCGAAUUGAGAGAAGUUUCUCUGGACCAUGCAAGUGCCCCAAGAGAACCCAGUGAGCAAAUUCCGUCUUGGCAACUGGCCAGGGGAAUUGAAAAGUGUGACUGUCCCAGGGAGUACCGAGCCACUUCCUGCCAAAAUCCAGCAAUUGGUUUUUACCGGUGGCACCCUCCUAGUAGCAACGCUGACAGCACUAUCAUUAUUCAACUCAUAGGCGAAGCAAGACCUUGCUCUUGCAACUCGAGAUCAGCAACAUGUGACUCAGAAACUGGAAAAUGCAAGGACUGCACAAACAACACAGAGGGUGUUGCUUGUGAUCGAUGUGCUGCUGGAUACUAUGGAAAUCCCAAACAGGCUCCAUGCAAGGCAUGUCCUUGCCCAAACCCACAAAAUAAUAGGGCAGUAAGUUGUGUCGUGGAAAGAGAUGUUAGAUGCAGAUGUCAAAAGGGUUAUUCUGGACCAAGAUGCGAGAGAUGUUCAUAUGGCUUCUUUGGCUUUCCAACAAUGCCGGGUGGCUCCUGCAAGCCAUGUAAUUGUGACCCUCGAGGCAGUGUUAGUGACGAGUGCCAUGAGCAAACUGGGCAGUGUAACUGCAGACCUGGUGUUGGUGGCAGAGACUGCACAGAAUGUCCUCGAGGACACAUUUUGGGCCAGCGAGGAUGCACAACAUGUGCUGGUGAUUGCACUGGACCGCUGCUGCAAGAAGUUGCAACCAUGUCUACACAAGUGGAUAGACUUGAACAGUCUGGCCUGACGCCGAUUCCAUGGGAACGUUUGCGCACAAUCGAAACAGACGUAACUGGUCGGUUCAGACACAAUUUUGAGCGCUGGAAGAGAAUUAUUACAACUCCUCUGCCUUUUACUGAAGUUGAAAAUUUGAGAAGAAACUCUAGGCAAAGUGCAGUUAAGGCAAGAAGGAGAAAAGAAGAAAGUCAAAAAUUUGUGGCAGAUUCAGGAAAAUUAGCUGAGGAUGCCCAGAAAAUGCUUGACGACAUACAUGAAAUGCAGGCUGAUUCAGCAGUUGUCGUCGAAGAUUUAAAAAGCUACGGGCGCCAGAGUGAAUCAUUGUCUGUGAAUGUGGUUUCCACUUUGCGAGAGGCUGGUCUGCUUUUAGAUAGAAUUUCAUCUGUAAAGUUGGUCAAACAUCGAAAGCUUGCAGAGCACUCCUUAAAGAGAGCCAAAGAUCAAUUAGAUGGACUGAAUAUGUUGAUUAAAGAAGAGAGCAUCACUGUAUCUCUAGAUGGGCUGCAAAAGGACAUCAGGGACCUGGUCACUAGAAUUGCCGAUCUGAACAAACACAUUCAAGCGGCUGAUGAAAAUUUUGACGAUGUGUUGAAGAAUAAUAAGUAUGCAGUGGCUAGCUAUGAAAAAGUGGUAGAAAUCAACCCCAAAAUAGAAGCUUUAAGCGAAAAGGAAAAAUCCGCAUCAAAGCAAAGAAACGUUUUCAUCAAUGAAGCUUCGCAAUAUCUUGAUGAAGCUAAGGAAAACUUUCAGGAAUUGUCUACAAUGAUUGGAAAGCUGAGAAAAUCAACAGACAAACUUGAAGAGAGAAGCUUGGGUUUGGCUGGUAACACUCGUCUUGACAGUGAAUUUGUGAGGCCGGCAAAGGAGCAUGCUCGUAGACUGCUCCAACAAGCAAAUGCAUUGAAUAAUCAAUUCAAUGCAACUCGAGACUUUGCUAGUUUUGCUGUUAAGGCUGCUCAAGCAUACCAAAGCAUUGUGAAUGCUAUAGACAGCGCCUGGGAAUCUUCAAAAGAGGCAAAGUUGGUUGCUGACAGAGCAAAGGAGCAGGUCCAUCCAACCGGGCGCCAAGGAGGAGAAGAUGCUCUUUCUGUUCAAGCCAAAAACUCUAGAGAGUUUUCAGAACAACUGAACGAAGAUGCCCAAGCAGCUGUCAAGCACGUUGGGCUUUUGCGCAGAAAAUUUGAGACUCAGAAAAAUGAUGUGCAAAAGUUAGAGCUAAAAAUUGACGGAACAAGCAAAAAACAUGCAGUUUUACUUUCUGAUCUUGGUUCUUUUAAGUCUCAAAUCACCCCUGUAAUUAUUGAUGCUCUUGAUAAAACAAUGGCAUCAGAGACUGAAAUUGGAGAGGUUGUGAAAGAAACAAAUAGGCUUAGCAAAAACAUUGAUCACAACUUACGUCCUCUGCUUGAGAGAAUUUCUUCUGGAACAACUCAAGACAUGCAGGAUGCCGUUAAAGAAAUCGAGCAAGCCCGGAGCAACAUUCGAGAGACGGACACUUUGCUGAAUACAUUAAAAAAAGAGGCAUCGCAACACAACUCGAGGCUAUCACAGUGGAAUGAUACUCUUUCGUCUCAGCUACAAGGACUGAGAGACAAGAUUGCUCAAGCCAGACACGCAGCAAGCGGAAUCCGUCUUUCACUGGGGAGUGUCAAAGGGAAGACUUGUCUCCGGUCGUACAAAACAAAUACAGAUCCUUCGGCGACCAACAAAAUUGUUGUUACUUUUGCCAACUCAAAAUCAGGUGAUGGUCUGAUCUUCAUUUUGCGUUCUGAUCCAUCCACCAGCAAAGAUUUCAUGGCACUUGAAGUUCGAGACAAAAGACUUCGCUUUACUUGGGACUUGGGUGGAGGUGCCAGUCACGUCACUCACCCACUUCCUAUCAGGCACUCUAGCAAUCUUGCCAAUGACAGCAGCUGGUACAGGGCUGAAAUUGAGCGUACAGGGAACUUGGUACAUAUGAAUGUGCGUCAUGUUAUUUCAUCCAAGUGGGGCGAUCCUGUGCUGAAUUCGUCUCAAGCAACCUUCACCCGAAUGGAUGCUGGACCUAGUGCCCUCCUCUGGCUAGGUGGCUAUGAUGGACCUGACGGAUCAAUGCCUAAAGGAAUCUCGACCAACCACAUGCCAGGCUGCAUCCACCAAGUGUGGCUUGAUGGAAAACCACUUGGUUUGUGGGAUUUCCACUCCAGCUCUGGACCUGAUUCAUGCACAGCGUGCAUUGAAGGUCCUGAAGAGUUACGAGAGGAGGAAGCAUACUCAUUCCAUGGUGAUGGCUACUCGGUUCUUCACCAUGACAGCUCCAUUACGUACAACCCCUACCAAUUCAGUGUUGUGCUGACGUUCAAAUCAUAUGAUGAAGACGCCCUUCUCUUUUUGGCCAUCAAUCCCAAGAGGGACCGCUUUGUUACUUUGUCUCUUAGAAGUGGAAGAGUCCACUUUAGAGUAGACUAUGGUGGAGCAGCUAGAUUAGAGCUUUCCACAAUUCAGAAGUACAACACAGGAGAGUGGGUGCGAGUUGACGCUGCUCGGCAUUUUGACCGGAAGAAACGACUCGAAAGGGGCCUUUUAAGAGUUGGAGAUGAAGAGCACAGUGGGGCACCAUCACCUCCGCCUGGAGCAGGGUCUUUGCCAGAUUUGGUCGAAGGAGAAUACAUUGUGGGAGGUGCGCCUCCUGGAUUCUUAUCUCCUUCUUCCAUUCCACCUCCAGAACUUAGAUCCUUCAGAGGCUGCAUGUCUGAUUUGCAAGUUGUUGACCAAGGCUACAAUCUUCUCCGUGGAGCUUAUUACUCAGUCGAACCAGGGUGUCUUCCAGAGCCGGUCAAGGUAGUGAGUUUCCUGGGAGAUGGCUUCUUGGAGUUAAAUAGCCAACCUCUGAGCAGAAAAUCGUCAAUAGGUCUUGUGUUUGCCACAACACAGCCAGACGCUUUGUUGCUCUUUUCAGAGCCGCACCACGUUGAGUCAGGACAAUCAACUUUCUACUCAGUUUCUUUGCAUAAGGGCCAACUUCAUGUUAGAGUUGGUGGUGGAAAAGCAAUAACCACAGUUCGAUCAGGGACCUUUUUCAAUGACGGCAAGCCUCAUUCCGUGUCAGUUGUUAAAACCAACAGAAGGCUUGAACUAUUUAUUGACGAUAAGAGUAUAAGUGCUGGAAAACUGCCGGAAGGAUCGUACCCAGAAAUUAAGGCCCCUAAAAAGGGAGGUCUAUUUAUAGGUGGCUUGCCAGCACAUUACAGACACAAUGCAACAGGCUUGGCUGCUUCUUUGGAGCCGCUCAAUGGUUUUAUCAAGGAUGUUGUGAUUGGAAACAACUUAAUCAGCAUGCAACCUCCGGUCAGCUUCUUAAAAGCAGGCAUAGGUCGGCCCAGUUUGCCAGCGCCCAGUCCAACCACCGUGGUUUCGACAUACAGUAAUGGUGCCAGGAGUAUCCCAGAUCCACGGUUUGUUGGACCCACACAUUGUGAGCCCAGUAGAUCUUACUCCGUUGAGCCAGGCGCAGUCAAGUUUGGAGACAAGCCCAAUAGCCACGUUACAUUGCAAAAACUUUGGCUGAGGAAUGGCUUACCCAAAAAUUUCUCAAUUCAAUUUGACUUCAGGACUCACUAUCCAAAUGGGCUGUUCUUCCUUUUCCCAGCUAUUCGUCCAAAGCAAAACCACUUUUUCAUGUUGGCACUGAAAAACAGCCACCUCGAAAUCACUUUCGCAAAUCCAAAGAAGGAGCAAAAAAUUAGAACUCAUACUGCAUUAAAUGAUGGAAAAUGGCACCAGGUUGAAAUGCACAAGCACGACCAAAGGGUGACUGUUUUGAUUGAUGGCAUUGAAGUUGAACGCAGGAAAGUUCCAAAGAGGCUUAAUAUUUUAAGCACAGCCUAUGUAGGUGGCUUACCUGAGACUAAUUCUGGUGGAAUUAUUUCCUUUCAACAAACCACUGAGGGAUUCAAAGGUUGUAUGCGCAAUGUGAGAGUGAAUAGCAAACCUCAGGAUCUUGUCGGACCUCGCGGGUCUAGUCACAAUGUUGGGCAGUGCUUCCCUAGAGUGGAGACUGGCUCCUUUUUCCCUGGUGAUGCUUUUGCUGUAUACCAGAACAUGUUCCACGUCGGGUCAAUGUUCGAACUGGAGUUGGAGUUCCGCACUUCAGAACUGAAUGGCGUUUUGCUCUCUGUGUCGGAGCCGCUAGGAUUCCCUGCUCUAUCUCUAGAGAUUCUUGAUGGACAGGUUGUUCUGUCCGGUGACAUAGGAAAUAGAAAGCCAUUCCGUGUGCAGCAGACGUUUACCUCAAAGUACACAACUUGUGAUAACAAAUGGCACCACAUACAAGCCUUCUACAUAAACGACUCGUUGCUUUUGAGGGUGGACCAGCAAACAGCAAAUUACGGCCACUCGAUCAACGGAGGCCUCAAGGUGGCGGCCACUAACAGCUCCUUGUACAUUGGAGGCUUGCCAGAUAAUGCACCAUACGGCACUUUGCAAACAAGGGAUAACUUCAAGGGCUGUAUUCGAAACAUGGCCAUCAACGGAGAACGACGUGACUGGACGGACAUGGCCGCACUGCACAAUGUCCUUCUGAACGCCUGUCCUCUUUCCACGUAUUGACAAUAAAGUUGUAACUCAUAAUUUUUGUAAAACGGUCGUUACGCAUCCAACGUACAAACUCUUGCAUAAUGUAAAUUUCAUUUGUAAGACAGGUCUUCAAGUUGUGCCAUUUUUGGGAAAAAAAAAAAAAAAACAGGAAA